AUGAGAUUGCUUCUUCCAGAACCUAUCCCGCGCGAAACUUACAAGAAGAGAUGUUGUCUCUCCUUAUUUCUACUCACAGUCGCGGGUAUUGUAUUUCGAUCGGAAAUUGCUCUUUUGUUGGCCGCGCAUACUUUAUUCCUCCUCUUCACCAAACGCAUCGGCAUUCAACGUGAGAUUAUACCUGCGGGCAUAGCGGGCCUUCUGGUUGGCCUCACUUCUACCAUUCUCGUCGAUUCCUUCUUCUGGCAGCAGUUUCCGUUGUGGCCCGAAUUCGCCGCAUUCAAGUUCAAUGUCAUCUCUGGCCAGGCGUCCGCUUGGGGCACGAAUCCGUGGCAUUUCUAUUUCUUGAAUGCCGGUCCCCGUCUCCUGCUUAACCCGUUCACCUACUUGGUUGGGAUUCCACUCUCCCUGAUUUACCCCUCUACACGGUUUGCAUCGCUGCAACUCCUCGUCCCGUCCUUGGUCUUCGUGGCUGUUUACAGUAUCCAGCCUCACAAGGAGUGGCGGUUCAUCGUAUACAUCAUACCUCCCCUAACCGCAUCCUCCGCAUUAGGAGCUUCAUACAUCUGGACUCACCGGACUAAGUCUCUCAUAUACCGCCUGCUAUCACUGUGCAUGAUCCUUUCCACAAUCGCUGCCUUCUCCCUUUCAUCGUUCGUCCUCCUCCCCGCUUCAGCAGCGAACUAUCCCGGCGCGCAUGCUCUUCGACUCCUUCAUCAUUCUCAUGCGCAUAACUCCUCGCAGCCCGAAAUCUCUGUUUACCUAGGUAACCUCGCAUGUCAGACUGGCGUGACGAGAUUCGUUCAGAUCCCUUCUUCCUCUAUCGCCGUUGAAGGGCAUUUUCCCACUUCUUCCGAUGGCAAUUCGUCAAUCUGGAAAUACGACAAAACAGAAGACGAGCAUACGAAAUCCUCCGCAUCAUUCUGGGAGAAAUUCGACUACGCACUCGUUGAGCCUGGAAGCGACGAUGAAAAGUCCCUCGCUACCUCCGACUCUCCCUGGGAAGAUGCUGAUGUCGUACGCGGUUUCGCGGGUGUGACUGUUCUUCGGCCCAACCAUACCGAUGAUGAAAAGGAACACGGACAGGUUGAGGAGAAGAUCGUCGAGACGGUCUUUGGUUCUGGGGGUUGA